GAGUGUAAAACAAGCAGAAUUCACAAGAGCUAGUUAUAAGAGAGUCUAUGGUACUAACUCUGAAAUUAAGGUACACCUUAAUUCUGAGGUGUUCAUGUUCAGCAAGGGUACUUACUUGGGCCUUUGUACAUCAAAACUGACUCAGAACUCCAGUGACAAAGCCCUCUGUAGCCUAGACUUCUGGCUUCUAGGAAAUGAGGGUCCACCCUGAUGGAUGGAUUUGGGUGGUACACCAAGUGGUGACUACAUUAUUAUCAUCCAAUGUCGGUGGCUCCCUAUCGGUUUCAGGAACAAUGUAACUUUUCUGAUCCCUGAAGUGUUGUCUCCCACUGCACUCUCUCCAAACAACAGACACUCUUUCCUCUACACAGUUCUUGCUCUUCCCUGUGGGGGGAGAGGGGGAGAGCCAUCAGCAGUCUCCGAUUGUCAUGUUGUGUGCAGUCACAUCAACACACGGGAGGGUCAUUCUUCAAACCACCUUGGUAUGUGCAUAUGUGUUUCCUGAGCACUCAGAAGUCCUAGAUGGGCUGGUCAAGACUUAAUGAUAACAGGGAGUUCAUGCCUGCCCCCACCCCACAGGAAGUGGCGCCCAGCUCUCCCCACCUCAAUGCAGAUGCUUUUCCUGUUGGGAAUAAAGCGACAGAGACUCAACUUCCUUCCUUUCUGGAAAAGGAGGGGCCUUGGGGAGAAAAAGGGACUUUUGGGCUGGCAAGUGAGAGAGAGACUUCCUUGGGGAGAGGAAUUUGGCUGCUGGUGCCAGAGGAGCGUGAGCAGUGAGGGUGUGCCCAGCUCUGCAGGAGGGAGAAGGCCACUCUCAAGGCCAAGGCCUUUGUGGAGGAGGGAGGACUGGGCACCGGUCAGACCUGGGACUAGGGAAGAGCCUUGUUCUUCUUUCUCAGAGGGGACAAAGGGAUAUUCACUCUGCCUGAGCGACGCCAGGCUGUCACCUGCACGCCUGUCACAUCUCCAGCUCCUCAGGCACACCAUGGACUCAGCAGCCGAGGACAAAAUACAGCCCAUCCUUCUUCCUGGCUCUUCCUGUCCAGGGCCUGAGUGGCCAGAGCAGGAGAGGGCAGAACAGCUGGCUCGGGGCGCAGCACUCAAGUGGGCCUCGGGCAUCUUCUACCGGCCAGAGCAGCUGGCCAGGCUGGGCCAGUACCGAAGCCGUGAAGUGCAGCGUAACUAUUUCCUGGAAGCACGAAUUAAGUCGGUGGUGCAAUCAUACCUUGAAGGUGUACAGACUGGUGUGUGGCAGCUGACUCGAGCCCUUGAGGCUGUGCAGGGAACGCGUAAAGCCCUGAGCCAGGCCCGCCACUUACUCCAGGGUUUGUCUCAGACCUCACAAACCCUGGCACCCCUGAGGGAACAUGUCGUCCAGCACAGGCAACUUCAGGUCCUCACUCAGUUGCUGCCAAGACUACAAGCAGUGCCAGCUGCAGUGGCCCACACGCAGACCCUGAUUGAUGCUCAGCGAUUCUUGGAGGCGUAUGCGAGCCUACGGGAACUAGAACAGCUGCAAGAGGAGGCAUGGGUACCCCUAGGAGGGCUGGAGUUGCCAAUAUUCCAGGGACUGGGCCUCCUGGCUGAGGCGCUGUGCCAAGCUGUGGAGGCAGCUGUCGGGGCUGCAGGGCGACUAGCCCGGGAAGAUCCAGCCCUGCUGGUAGCUGCUGUUCGUGUGGCAGAGGCAGAGACUGAGCGUACAAUCCUGGGGCAGGCUCCCCGAGACUGGCGGCAGCGAUGUCUUCGGGCGCUACAGGAGGGCCUGCAACGGGCCCACUUCGCAUCACCUGCGCUGCCUGAGCCAGGGGCCCUAGCAGGGUGGCUCGAGGCGCUGCAGGUAGCUCUGCCUGCUGAGCUGGCCACAGCUGAGGCCCUAGUGGCGCCCUGCUGCCCACCAAACUACAAUGUGGUUCAGCUCUGGGCCCACACCCUGCACAGUGGCCUGCGCCGCAGUGUGCAGCAGCUCCUCUCAGGGCCUGAACUGGGAGCUGCCGACACGUUUGCCUUACUGCACUGGGCAUUGCAUGUGUAUAUGGGGAAGGAAAUGAUGGGGAACUUGGAACUGGGGCCUGAGGCCGAUGUGUCCCAGCUACAGCCCCUCCUGACCUCGGAGAACAUCGAGCAGCUGGAGACAGCAUUUGUGGCCCACGUCCAGGUAAGUGUGGCUCAGUGGCUGCAGAAGGCACUAGAUGGAGAGGUAGCUGAGUGGAGCAGGCAGCAGGAGCCCAACACAGACCCGUCUGGUUUCUACCAUUCACCAAUGCCAGCCAUUGUAAUGCAGAUCCUGGCUGAGAACAUUCAAGUGACCAGCCUGAUCAGUGACUCACUGCAUCGGCGGGUGCAUGACAUGGCACUGUCAGAACUGGGCGUGUUCUUGAGGAGCUUCAGCGAUGCUCUGAUCCGCUUCUCUCAGGACCAUCUCAGGGGAGAAGCCCCUCACUAUGUGCCCUACCUGCUGGCUGCCUUCAACCACCAGUCAGCACUGAGCUCUUCGUUAUCCGUCCUGCUGCCGGACGGGGAAACUUCAGGGGUCUUGGCUCCAAUACAAGCCGCGCUGGACGACGUACAGAAGAGGAUCUGCCGCCUGGUAUUGGAAGCACUGCAGGGUGAGCUCCAGCCCCUGUUCGCAUCUCUACCCUCGCGCCGGUGGCUGCUGAGUUCUGAGCUGCUGGACGGUGUGUGUGAACAGACGUCGCACUUCUGCCAGGAUUUCUGGCGUGUACGGAAGCCUGCUGUUCAGCUGCUGCUGGCGGAGGCGGAACGAACCGUGGUGUUGCAAUACCUGCGCGCGCUGAUGCAGGGCCGCCUAGUGUGCCGCGGUGCUGACGAGCGGACCCAGGCGGCUGAGCGUCUUGGGCACGAUGCUGCCCAGCUUAAGGAGCUUUUCCUGGGUUUGGGCCUAGAGGAGAGCACUCACUGCGCGCCGGUGCUGCUCGCGCUGCGGGAACUGUUCAGCCUCCACGACCCCACGCUGCUCGGCCUCGAGGUGGCAGGCCUGAGGCAAAAAUUUCCCGACGUGAGCGAGGACCAUGUCUCCGCCCUCUUGGACCUGCGUGGGGACGUGUCCCGAGAGCAUCGCCAGGCAGCACUCAGCUCUCUGCAGGCCGGCCCACCGCCCUCACCUUCCUCUGGCCGCCGUGCCCUCUUCAGCCUCGUACCGACGCCUACGCCCUCACUGUCCUCCUGCCUCCCCUCGGGUCCCUGCUCCUGACCCAUCUGUCUGCGCCUGGCCCCGCCCAUAGUGGGCUUCAGUUCGCGCUACCGCGGAGACUGGCGCGGAGACUGCGCAUCUUCGUGUGAGCGUGCGCGUGCCCGAGUGCGUGCGUCUUUGGCUCCAGC